AUGAGAUUUGUAACAGGCUCUUCCAGAGGCACUUGGCAGCCCAUAAUGACUGCGGAUACAACCACACAUAGUUACUGGCUAAACUGGAGGGUUGUGCUUUGUGUUAUUUGGGUCCUUGUUUCAGCUUUCUUUUCUUCAUUGCUUAUAUGGAAGUAUGAAGAUUCAUGGAAGCAAGCAAGAAAUGAUAACAAGGGAAGCCAGAAAGAAACAUCACCAACUUUGUAUGAGGAUGAAACUUGGAGGCCUUGCUUGAAAGGAAUUCACCCUAUAUGGCUUCUGGGGUUUAGAGUUUUUGCAUUUAUUGUUCUUUUGGUGCUUCUCAUAGUCACGGCUAAUGCGGAUGGGGGAAGCAUUUUCUACUUUUACACUCAGUGGACCUUUACUUCAAUCACCAUUUAUUUUGGGCUGGGAUCCUUGCUCUCCAUGCAUGGAUGUUACCAACAUCAUAAAAAGGCCAGUGGUGAUAAGGUUGAGAAUGUGGAUGGAGAUGCAGAGCAGGGAAUUGAUGAUAGUCCUACACUCCCCCAGAGUGCUAAUCCAUCAUCCAGCCAUGAGAAAAGCUUGGGAGCUCCACAAGUACGUCAACCUGCAGGCACUUGGGGUUAUAUCUUUCAAAUCAUAUUUCAGAUGAAUGCAGGUUCUGUAAUGCUCACAGAUUGUGUGUUUUGGUUCAUAAUUGUUCCAUUUCUAACCAUCAAAGAUUACAACAUAAAUUUGCUUAUCAUCAGUAUGCAUACCAUCAAUGCUGUUUUCCUGCUAGGCGACACAGCUUUAAAUUGCCUGAGAUUCCCUUGGUUUCGAAUAGGAUACUUCUGCAUGUGGACAGUCAUAUACGUGAUUUUCCAGUGGAUUGUUCAUGCCAUAGUUAAACUCUGGUGGCCAUAUCCAUUUCUUGAUUUGUCAUCCCAGUAUGCUCCACUAUGGUAUAAUUACUUUUCGAUGGCAUUACUGCAUAUUCCGUGCUAUGGCAUAUUCGCUUUGAUAAUGAAGCUGAAACACACCGUGUUAUCCACACGGUAUCCUGACUCGUACCAAAGUCUCAGAUGA